CAGCACCUGUGAGAGUACAAAUGACCCAGAAGGCCAUGUGUUGUUUUGUAUAAAAGCAGCAUGUUGGGCUUUGCUCCACAAUGAGCUGCUGUUCCCAUCAACACACCAGCUAAUUGAGACAUCCAGCAUUUACAGUUAACAUCUUGCGUCAGAAUGGCAAAGAAAGUGUUGAUCGUGUAUGCCCACCAGAGCUCUGGCUCAUUCAACGCUGCAGCUAAGAACGCUGCAGUGGAAGUUUUAACCGCUCAGGGCUGCACAGUGGAAGUGUCUGACCUGUAUGCCAUGAAGUUUAAAGCCACUGCUACAGCUGACGACAUCACCGGAGAAGUUAAGAAUGCUGAUCACUUCCGGUAUGCAGAGGAGACCAAACUGGCAUGGCAGGAAGGAAAACUGUGUGCUGAUAUCACUGAGGAACAACGCAAACUCACUCAGGCAGACCUCAUCAUCUUUCAGUUCCCCAUGUACUGGUUCACUGUUCCAGCAAUCAUGAAGGGCUGGAUCGACCGUGUGCUCACACUGGGCUAUGCCUACUCGCAGGAGAAGCGAUACAGCCAGGGAAUCUUCAAGGAAAAGCAAGCCAUGCUGUCCUUCACCACAGGAUCUCAGGAGUCCAUGUUCAGUGCAAAUGGCAUCAAUGGAGACAUGAAUGUCACACUGUGGCCACUGCAGAAUGGCAUCCUGCACUACUGUGGCUUCCAGGUUCUGGCUCCGCAGAUCUUCUGGGCUCCAUCUCAUGUUCCCUCUGAGGCACGCAGCACCAUGCUGGAGAGCUGGCGUACACGACUGCAAGGACUCCUAGAAGAGAAGCCGCUUUCCUUCACUCCCCUGGACUGCUUUGAUGGGGAGAAGGGUUACCAGCUGAAGCCUGAGGUCCAUGAGAAGCAUGCCACCAAGGAGUACGGGCUAACAGUGGGGAUCCACCUGGGCAAGGCACUCCCACCCAACAACCAGAUGAAAGCUGGAGUCUGAAGACAGCGGGGCCUCACCAUGUCAGAGCUGUCUUUGAUUGUCUGGAAAAUAAAGAGCAGCCUGAAUAUUCUAACUUUCUGUUUGUACUUGGAGUGUAUACUGUCUUAGUAAUUCAAAUCAUGUAGGGCUGAAUAUUUCUGUCUGGGUUAUGACUUCAGCUUUCAUGGCAAUGUACAAUAAAUGUUACUGUGGCAACCAGAA